AUGUCCGCUAUAUACACCUAUAUUUCUUCUUGCAAAUACUAUCGGUUCUAUCAUAUGAGUGUACAUAUAACCAUAUAUAUUCAUGGAAUAUACCCAAUUAACUCACUUGUUUAUAUUGUCAUUUCAUUUUUUCAAUAAAAAAAAAAACUAAUUCAUUAUCAACAAGGUUAUAAAGGAACGCAGACUUCUGCUGAUCUAUAUCCUUAUAACACAAGUAGUCAAGAAUAAGAGGUUAGCUAGCUUUACAAUUAAUGAAAACUAUGGAAAACAAUUUCAAGUUAUUCGGUGGAAGAUUUGGUUGGUUGGGCUUCUAUUUGGGGAUUGUUCUUCUACUUCAAUAUGCCAAUGCUCAUGAAAAUAGAACAAACCCAACAAAAAAUGUAAAUCUUGGCCCAAUCCAGAUGUGGAGAAGUGCCUACUUCUGCUUGCAAUAUCAGGGAGCAAGGCAGCAGGUAUGCAAGUGGAAAGACGUGAUAACACCAGUAGGAAACCUAAACGUGAGUUCCCAAGAAAUAGAAGAGUAUUGCAAGCCAGGACAGUGUGCAGACCACAUAAGGACUAAUGUUCUUACUUGUAUCUAUUUGGUCAUGAGGAACCUCAACAUAGCUGUCUUCAAAAAUGGUGCAUCCAUUCAAUUACUCAAUGAUACCAUUAAUACAGGAUGCUCCACUAAUACAAGUAUAAUACUAGGGGAUAAGAUAGACAAGAAAAGCAGCAGUGGAUCAACAAAGGUGUACCAGAAGACGUACAUGACAGUAGCUGUGACAGGAUUAUUGGUGUUUUUUUUCCAUUCUCAAAUAAUGUGACGACCAUGCAUGUAUCUUAAUUAGUAUACAUACCAUAUAUGGAAGAUGUUCAACAAGUCAAUAAUUUACCAUAUUUAAUAAGUGGGAAAUGAUCAAAUUCUACUUAUACUCUUAAAUUAAUUAAAAUGAGAUUAUAAAUGACCAAAAAUAUCUAUUUGGCUAUUUAGUACUAUUACUUUAUGACGGGAAAGUACCCCUUUCUUUUCUCCAAUUUAAAAGGGCAUUGUUACAAAACACAAGCCGUAUCUAGUAUCACUUAAAGGUAGCCUUAUAAAUGAUUAAUGAUAUAUCAUGUAGUAGUUAUUAAAUUAGUUUAUAUAGAAUUAUAUACUUAAUUAUAUAUCAAUGAGAAAUGUUAAU